UAAAAUUUGUUUGUUUAUUCAGUGAAUAGCGGAUGUUGUCCCCCUACAGAAACAGUUCCAAUUCUUUCUCUUAACAACCCUUCAAUUUUCCAGUACAAGCAAAUCAUUAACCCAAUCUUAGCCCAAAGCCUAAUGAAUGCUUCAUUUCCCUACAAUAAUAUGUUUUUUCAUCUUGUUCUGCUUUUACUACUUGUAGUUCCACUGCAAGCUGCAACGGCGACAACUGGCUCAAAGGUGGAGUUUCUUCCUGGAUUUGAAGGUCCCCUUCCUUUUCAUCUUGAGACUGGGUAUAUUGGAGUUGGUAAAUCUGACGAAGUCCAGCUGUUCUAUUAUUUUAUUAAAUCGGAAUCAGAUCCUGAAAAUGAUCCUCUUAUACUAUGGCUUACGGGAGGACCUGGUUGUUCAUCGUUUAGUGCGCUUGCCUAUGAAAUAGGGCCAUUGUAUUUUACACAAAAAGAGUAUAACGGGAGCUUACCAGUACUUGGCUCAACUCCAAACUCAUGGACCAAGGGUGCAAGCAUAAUCUUUUUAGAACAACCGGUUCAUACUGGAUUUUCUUAUGCAACAACAGCAGAAGCAAUGAUGGUUACUGAUUUGCAAGCAGUCAACCACACGUACGAAUUUCUACUCAAGUGGCUAACUAAUCAUCCAGAAUUUAUUUCAAAAUCUUUAUACGUGGCUGGAGAUUCAUAUGGAGGCAUUAUUGUUCCGCGUGUUAUUCAAAAGAUAUCAGAUGGGAUUGAAGCAGGCAACAAGCCCUUGAUCAACAUUAAGGGGUAUAUGCUUGGCAAUCCUAUAACGUCAAAAAGUACCGAGGAUAAUUAUCAAAUUCCCUUCUGUCAUGGUAUGGGACUCAUAUCUGAUGAACUUUAUGAGUCACUAAAGAAGAACUGCAAGGGAGAAUACAAUGAAAAUUCCAGCAAUGUCCUAUGUUCCCAGGAUUUAGAAAGAUACCAUGAGUUGGUCGAUAUUGUGAACGAUCAACACAUUCUGAUGCCAUCCUGCGGAAAAGAUACAGAAUCUCCAAGGCCAUCUCAAUUAUUUGGUCGUGUUAGAAGCAAAUCAGCAUCAUUUGGUGUACGACGAUCUCUUGAUGAGAAAGUCGCAUCCCAGGAUUAUGGCUCGAAAUGUUAUGGAAGUCUUGAAUCAAGACACAAGCUUUCAAAUCAUUGGGCAAAUGACCCUGCGGUCCAGGAAGCUCUUCAUAUUCGGAAGGGAACAGUAAGAAGAUGGGCAAGAUGUAAGCAAGAUGGUAUAAAGCGAUUCUACACAUUUACUUCCAUGGAUAGUUUUUCUUAUCAUGUAAAUUCUAGCAACAAAGGCUACCGAUCACUUAUAUUCAGUGGUGAUCAUGACAUGGGUGUUCCCUUCCAAUCUACGGAAGCGUGGAUUAGAGCGCUAAACUAUUCCAUUGUUGAUGAUUGGCGUCCAUGGCUUGUUGAUGGUCAAGUAGCGGGUUACACGAGAUCAUACUCCAAUAAAAUGACCUAUGCCACAGUAAAGGGAGCGGGGCAUGUGGCUGCAGAGUACAAACGAGAAGAAUGCUAUCUUAUGUUUAGAAGAUGGAUAUCUAAUGAUCCUUUAUAAGAAGUUUAAUCAGUGAUUACUUCUAACAUUUCUAUGCAAAGACUAUGCUCUUUAGGAAUUUAAAACUAUUAUAUUCUUCCUUACCAGCUGAGCUACGUCUCUUGGUGCUCUAUUGUCUCUGUUGAGUGAAGAUACUCUUAACAUCUUCUUCCUUUCUUUGGUUGCGCCAAAACUCCUCUUGAAUUUUCGUACAAAUUUAUGAUUGCAUUAAGAAACAAGCACCACAUAUAUGUAAUGUAUGUAUCCAUUCUGUCUAUGUACAUUCAAUUUAUAUGUGUGUAUAUAUUUCCUAUCUUUUUCUCAA